CGUUCUUUUAUAUUUUAGUCAUUUUAUUUUGAUAUGACAGGUAUGGACUGAAACUCAAUCAGGUGUUGGUACCGUUAAUUUUAUAACUGGUAUUGGAGGUUUUUUACAAGCUGUUCUUUUCGGUUAUGGUGGUAUUCGUCUAAAAUUAAGUCAGCUUGAAUUUAAGCCCUAUGGUCAUUUGCCAGGUCAAGCGACUAAAUUCAUCUUUCAUAGUAUUAAAUAUCAAGGAUUUGUUCUCGAUUUGACCGUUGAUAGUAACAUCUAUGAAAUUGUUGUUAGUUCACAGAACAACAAUAAUUCCAUUCCUCUUCUAUAUGAACAUGGAGAUCAUCGGAGCUCGCUCAAAGUAAAUGACCGUCUCUCAUUUCCUGUUGACACACAUCUUAUUAUUCGUCGAUCAGUCGCUCUUUGUCCUUGA